AUGGCUUCUCGGCGCCUUGCUUUUAACCUGAACCAGGCUCUCCGCACUCGUGCGGCCCUGAAGUCCAUCCAGCCCGUGAAGCGUGGCUUUGCCUCGCCGGUUGCGUUGCCGUCCACCACCCAGUCCACCACCCUCUCCAACGGAUUCACUAUCGCCACUGAUCACUCGCCAUGGGCUCAAACCUCGACGGUCGGCGUGUGGAUCGAUGCCGGUAGCCGGGCAGAGACUGACAAGACCAACGGAACUGCACACUUCCUUGAGCACCUUGCCUUCAAGGGCACCAACAAGCGCUCCCAGCACCAAUUGGAGCUUGAGAUCGAGAACAUGGGCGCUCACCUCAACGCCUACACUUCGAGGGAAAACACUGUCUACUACGCCAAGGCCUUCAACAACGAUGUCCCCAAGGCCGUCGACAUCCUCGCCGAUAUCCUUCAGAACUCCAAGCUCGAGGCUGGUGCCAUUGAGCGUGAGCGUGAUGUGAUCCUGCGCGAGCAGGAGGAGGUUGACAAGCAGCUCGAGGAGGUUGUCUUCGACCACCUUCACGCCACCGCUUACCAGACCCAGCCCCUUGGACGCACCAUCCUCGGCCCCAAGGAGAACAUCCAGACCAUCACCCGGGACAACCUGACCGACUACAUCAAGACCAACUACACUGCUGACCGCAUGGUCCUGGUCGGUGCUGGUGGCAUUCCCCACGAGCAGCUCGUGAGACUCGCCGAGGAGCACUUCGAAGCGCACCCCGAGUUCAUCGGCUCCGAGGUCCGCCUCCGCGACGACACCAUCCCCUCCGCUCACAUCGCUCUCGCCGUCGAGGGUGUUAGCUGGAAGGAUGAUGACUACUUCACCGCUCUGGUCACCCAGGCCAUUGUCGGUAACUGGGACCGUGCCAUGGGCCAGUCGCCCUUCCUCGGCAGCAAGCUCAGCUCCCACGUCAGCCACCACAACCUCGCUAACAGCUUCAUGAGCUUCUCCACCAGCUACAGCGACACUGGUCUCUGGGGUAUCUACCUUGUCAGCGAGAACCUUACUCAGCUCGAUGACCUUAUCCACUUCACUCUCCGUGAGUGGUCUCGCCUGUGCAACAACGUCACCUCCGCCGAGGUCGAGCGUGCCAAGGCCCAGCUCAAGGCUUCUAUCCUCUUGUCUCUCGAUGGCACCACUGCUGUCGCUGAGGACAUCGGUCGCCAGAUCAUCACCACUGGCCGCCGCCUGAGCGCUGAGGAUAUUGAGCGUACUGUCAGCCAGAUCACCGAGAAGGACGUCAUGGACUUCGCUACCCGCAAGCUGUGGGAUCAGGACCUCGCCAUGAGCGCCGUCGGCAGCAUCGAGGGUGUCCUCGACUACCAGCGCAUCCGUGGAGACAUGUCCCGCAUGAUCUCCUAA